AUGUUACAAAAGCUUUCCAUGACCGCAUUAGUCGGUUUGUUUUCUUCAGUUGUGUCACUCGUGAACGCUGAUUGUACUUACUCUGGCGGUAAUUACUAUUGUGCUCAAACCGAUGCCAUCAUUUACUCUAACGUCGGUUUAUCUGCUACCUACCAAGAUGUCACCAAUAUGGAUGAAUCUUCUUGUGCUUGUACCCAAGCUGAUUUCACUGCUUCUGGUAGCUUGGCUCCCUUCAACGAGGAACUAUCUGUUCAUUUCAGGGGUCCGAUCGAGUUACUACAAUUUGGUGUUUACUACCCAAAUGGUGAAUCUAAUGCUUUGAAGAAAAGAUCAGAGAAACAAUCAAUCGAGUCCUGUAAGGAAGGUGAAGCUGUUGUCUCCAGACAUAAGCAUCAGCACAAGAGGGAUGUUGCUGUUGAAUAUGUUCAAGUUACUUCCACUGUUUACGUCGACAGUAAUGGUCAAACAGUCACAGCCGAUUCCACCAAUACCGUUGUCGGUCCUGCUGUUCCUUCUUCUUACACUAAAGACUCUACUGUUUUGUCCAGCAGUGCUCAAGCAGUUGAAACGAGUGAAAGCCAGUCUUCCAUCUCUUCCUCUAAAACCACCUCUUCUGCUGCUGCUGCUUCAUCAUCUUCGUCAUCAUCUUCUAACACUAACGGUGACUGGUCCAGAGGUUCCUACUUUGUCCCAGGCUCUACUAGCAACUGUACAUUCAUGAACAACCAAGGGGGGACUGCCGGUUCUGGUGUCUGGUCGAGUUGUUUCGGUAACUCCAUCUCUUUUGCUGCUUCAGAUGGUGUUUCUGGUGCUGCCUCCGCUCAAGCUCUUGGUGAUGUCACCAUUAAAUCUGGUAAUGAAUUCAUGAUUUUCUCCGGUGAAGAAUGUUCCGGUAAUAACGGCGAUUGUGGUUAUUACAGAGAAGGCAUUCCUGCUUAUCAUGGGUUUGGUGGGGCUGAUAAAAUUUUCGUCUUCGAAUUUUCUAUGCCAAGUGACACCAGCGGUUCUGCCUACAAUCAAGAUAUGCCAGCUAUUUGGUUAUUAAAUGCAAAAAUCCCAAGAACCUUGCAAUAUGGUGAUGCAUCUUGUUCUUGUUGGAAAACUGGCUGUGGUGAAAUGGAUUUGUUCGAAAUUUUGACCGCUGGUUCUGAUAAAUUAAUCUCACACAUCCAUGACGGCCAAGAUGGUGGUACUCAAGAUUACUUCGAGAGACCAACUGAUGGUACUUUAAAGGCUGCCGUAAUCUUUAAUUCAAGUGAUAAAACUAUUCACAUUAUCGAAGUCGACGAAAGCUUUGAUGCUACUUUAAGCGAUGAUGUCGUUGACCAAUGGUUGAGCAAGUCCGGUUCUUCUGCGGCCUUGCCAUAG